UACAUACAAAGGGCAGUGACAAAAAAAAGACCACAAAGUUUAAAAACAAAAAACAAAAAACAAAAAAAAAGCUUUUUCAAAAAAAAAAAAGAAUAAUAAACAGAUAAAAGAUAGUUUAUAAUUUCGUUUUAAAUAAAAAAGGACACGUAUACCAAUCGGUUAACAGAGGACGGCACCGAACCAUUUUGACGUCCCCUCUUCUUCAAUCACUUAUAAAUACUUUGUACUUUCGCUUACGGACCCUAUGACCUUUGUUUCUCUCUUCUCUAUUUCCUUAAAUCAUCUCUGAUUAGCUCAUUAUUGUCAAAGCCUGUUGACCAAUUUUGUGAUUUAAUAAUUAAUCAUCAAGAUUCAAGACAAAAUCAUAUGGGAAGAUCACCUUGUUGCGAGAAGAACGGGCUCAAGAAAGGGCCGUGGACGUCCGAGGAAGACCAGAAGCUCCUUGACUAUAUCCAGAAACAUGGAUAUGGUAACUGGCGAACACUUCCUAAAAAUGCCGGUUUACAAAGAUGUGGCAAGAGUUGUCGGUUAAGGUGGACUAAUUAUCUCCGACCAGAUAUAAAGCGAGGAAGAUUCUCUUUUGAAGAAGAAGAGGCAAUUAUUCAGCUUCAUAGCUUUUUAGGAAACAAGUGGUCUGCUAUUGCGGCGCGUUUGCCUGGAAGAACAGAUAACGAGAUCAAGAACUUCUGGAAUACACAUAUAAGAAAGAAGCUACUUAGAAUGGGGAUCGAUCCAACGACUCACAAUCCGCGACUCGAUCUUCUUGACAUCUCGUCCAUCUUAGCAUCAUCUCUAUACAAUUCAUCUUCACAUCAUGUGAACAUGUCAAGAGUUAUGAUGGAUGCUCAUCAUCAGCAGCAACAUAAUCCAUUGGUUAACCCCGAAAUACUCAAGUUCGCUAACUCUCUCUUUUCCCAAGACCAAGACCACAACCACAACCAUAACCACAACCAAAAUCGUAACCAAAACUUUUUGGUGAAUCAUGAUUCCAAAACCCACGAGAACUACACGGUUAAUCAUGAUGAUAACCAAACCGGAGUAAAUCAAUACCAGACCAACCAUCAUGAAAUCCAGUAUUGCUUGCCACCAUUCCCCGACGAAGCUCACUUUAACGAUACAGAUCAUAAUGGAGAACAUAUGUUUGCUUCAAACUCGAAUAUGUCUGUCCAAGAUUGCAAUACUCAGUCGUUGAACGACUAUGCAAGCUCUAGUUUUGUAGUCGACCAUUCGUAUUUAGAUCACAACUUCAACAUCGCUUAUUCGGUCAUGAACACGCCAUCCUCAAACCCGACGUUGAACUCCAGCGUCACGACUUACAUCAACAGUAGUAGUUGUAGCACCGAAGAUGAAAUGGAAAGCUAUUGUAGUAAUCUCAUGAAAUUUGACAUUUCCGAUUUUUUGGACGUUAAUGAUUUUAUUAUAUAAUUUCAAAUAAAAUAUCCAUUAGGAUAAUUGUUUUUCAUGAAUAUUGUAAUUUUAAGAGUUUUUAUAUUUGAAAUUUGUUGACA